AUGAGCGAGGCGUGCAGCGAGGAGGAUCGAUUGAUCCAGGCUUUGCGCAACCAGCUGCGCCACAUGCAGCAAGAGCUGGGCGAGGUACGAGAAUCUGUGGCAAUUGCGGAGCACCAGGCAGAGGAGCACCGCGCCGAGAGCGAGGCGCUGAAGGACCUGCACAGGUGCCAGCUCCAGGAGACUCGGCGCCUGGCCAGGCAGCAGCAACAAGAGCGCCGGCACCAGGCGGCGCUGCGGGACCAGCUGGAGGAGCUCCGGCGCGAGCGGCGGCGGCGCGCGGAGCGCGCGGAGCGCGACCGCGCGCGCCGGCGCCUUGAGACGCUCGAGGCGGAGGAGGUGCAGCAGCUGCAGCAGGAGGUUUCAGAGGCGCAACUGCAGCUGCUGGACCUUCAAGGCUGCGGGCGGCAGCUGCGAGAGGAGCUGCAGGAGCUGAAGCGCCAGGAGCCGCGGCCCGCAUGGUCUGGGGACCGUCCGGCCACACCGAAGAGGCCGAAAGAGGCGAAGGAGCUGAGCUUUUCGCCCAGGAGUCCGGGAGACCGAUCCUUUGUGCGGCAGGGCGAGGCUCGCGAGGCCCAGCAGGAGCUGGCAGAGCUCCAGGCCUCACUGCGGAGGGAGCAGCGGCGGGGGGACCAGCUGCACAGCCGGGAGCGCACGCUGCAGCAGAGGCAUCGCCAGCUGGAGGCGGCCUUGAAGGAGAACCGCAUGUCUCAGGCCAAGAGCCUCAGCGACGUGAACGCGGAGCUUCAGGAGGGCGCGCACCACGUGCAGCGGCUCCUGGGCUUUGCGCUGCAGGUACCAUGUGCGAUGUGA